AUGCCAAUUGCAAAUUCCAUAGUAUCGCCUCUUGUGGUUAUCUUUGAUGAAUUUGCAGCCCUUGUCACUACAUUUAACCUUGAAAUUGGAAUCACUGGUGCCAUUUUGACAAAGCUUGAUGGAGAUUCUAGAGGUGGUGCAGCUUUGAGUGUUAAAGAGAGACUAACAAUGGGCAAGCCCAUCAAGCCUGUCGGACGUGGGGAGCGCAUGGAAGACCUUGAAGCUUUCUACCCAGAUCGUAUGGCAGGACGCAUAUUAGGGAUGGGAGAUGUUCUAUCAUUUGUGGAGAAGGCCCAAGAAAUCAUGCGCCAAGAAGAUGCUGAAGAAUUGCAAAAGAAGAUCAUGAGUGCAAAGUUUGACUUCAAUGACUUCCUUUCGCAAACUCGUACAGUUGCACGGAUGGGUUCAAUGUCCCGUGUCAUUGGGGAACGAUUCCUGGCAUGGGGAAGUGGUGGAAAGGAGCAACCAGCCGUGGCAGCCAUCCCAGAAUGUGACCUUGGUAACACCUUGGAGGGGCCUAGACGAUUGGAUGGUCGCUGGCACUCUCUCAAACAGGUUUAG